AUGGCUCAGAUCAACCCUCAAUUUCAAGCCAUAGGCGACCAGUUCGUACAGCAGUACUAUCAGACCUUCGAUGCUAACCGAAGUCAACUAGGUCCACUCUAUGGAGAUUCGUCCAUGUUGACCUUCGAGGGGGAGCAAUUCCAGGGUGCUACCAACAUCGUGCAGAAGAUCGCCGGCCUUCCUUUCCAAAAGGUUAGACAUCAGAUCAUCAAGGCCGAUUGCCAACCCAAUCCCUCCAACAACGGUGUGAUCGUCUUCGUUACUGGUAAUCUCUACGUUGAUGACAACGCCAAUCCUCUCAAGUUCGGACAGGUGUUUCAUUUGGCUCCCAACCCUAGUACUGGUGGCUUCUACUGCAUGAACGAUCUCUUCCGUCUCAACAUUGGUUAA